GAGCUGUGAGGACCAGGAGUCCAUCAGAAAGGAGCAGAAGAGUGGCCCUCAACACGUUCACUGACGCACAGACAACAGGCGUGACGGAGUGGACAUCUUGGUUCAACAUCGACCAUCCUGGAGGGAAUGGAGACUAUGAGCGGCUGGAGGCAAUCCGCUUCUAUUACAGGGAGAGAGUCUGUGCUCGGCCAACGGCCAUGGAGGCUCGCACUACAGACUGGGUGGCAGCGGCAGACACCGGGGAAGUGGUCCACUCCAGUCUAGAGAAGGGCUUCUGGUGCAUUAACAGGGAACAGCCCCAGGGCCGUGUCUGCUCCAACUACCACGUCCGCUUUCAGUGUCCACCAGUGCAGAGCUACUGGACUGACUGGAGUGAGUGGGGUCCCUGUUCAACCACAGUUUGUGAUGAUGUAGGCAUCCAAGUCCGCCAGAGGAAAUGUGUGAACACUCAGCCCAUGCCUCUCCUGUUGGUGCCAGCGUGUCAGGGGCACCAUACAGAGAGAAGGGAGUGCUCCAACCCUCCAUGUACAG